UAUCUGAUUGGUCAAUUCGUGUUGUCUUUGGUAGGCGGUUUGUUUAGAAUUGUACUACUGCCGCCGUACAAGCUGGAAAGAGCCAACGGUUUAAAUCAACUCAAACACUAUCCGAUACAACUGCUAAAAUAUAUAUCAUUACUAUCUGAGGAAAGCAUGGAUACAUCUAACAAACGCUUAAUACAGCGACUCAUGUCACGGAUACCGAUUAAAAUGCUAAGAACAACGCUGGGCAAGUGGGGCCGUUUGACUGAGGUACAGCUAAAGUCCAUGAAUUUGACUCAGUCAAAAUGGGCGUUAACGGAAAAACUGAUCGCUAUUUGCGAGGAAAAUGAGUUGGAAGUUAAACACCUCACAGAACUCGAGAUGAUAUAUAUCAUUGACAAUCCAAACCAAGGAAUGUGGCAUACCUUCCAGCUCAUGGACCCUGAAGAUGAUGCUCAAUCUGUAGAGUUGACGCAGUUCAAGGAACAAUUUAAAUCUCACAUCAGAGAGCUUGUGAGACAAGUGUCUGUUAAAAUGAAGAAGCACACAGAUGAAGCUGUAUGGAUUAGGAUUGCAUGGGGAGACGCCUUCUCUCGGCCCAACCAUCUUAAACCAACAUAUGUUGUUCACCAUCUUCAAACCCCUUAUGUCUUUGUGACCAGCCUGACCGCAAAGCAAAAGCCCCUGUUAUCCCAAGCCUUGGUUCUGUCCACCAGACAUCAAGCUAUCAAGGAUGCUAACCUAAGUGGACGGAAACUCACUGCUAUUAGGGACCUGAUGAUGAGGCAAUAUCAACAGGUGUUUCCCACCAAGUAUCCCAGCCCUCUUACAGAACAUAAUCCAACAGUCUCAAACCCACACAUAGGAAGAGAACAAGCUGAGCCUGCAGCAAACAGACUUCAGAUGGCCUGUGAGGCCUUCGGUGGUGGGAUGUUACCUCAGCUACAGUCUGCCGUUUACAAGCUGGAGACAAAAUUCAGAGACCAAACCAACAAAACCAUGACAGAGCGAGAGGAGCCCUUCAAAUGUGUUGUCAAGUUUGCAAGCACAAACCUCCUAGAGUCACUCAGAAACUGUGCAUCUUCAGGAAUUGCCUCCACCCCUGUCACACCUCUGCUCUCAUCUAUCCCCCUAAAAGGAAGGAAUUAUUUUGUCAUCACAGACAAUGGCCCUGGACCCUCCUCAAAAACGGACCAACCACAGAACUAAUGGAUGACAGGCCCUUGUUUUAAAGGAGUCUCAGCGUGUUCUGACAUGUCUGAUCCACCCAUUGCUUUUACCAUUCUUUCAUCGAUCUUCCUGUUCUAGAGCCAUGGCUCUCGCAAUGUCAGUAGCAAUUAUUUUACCUUUUUUUAUGUUCUUACAGUUGCAAAUAUCCCAGUAGUUGACGAUAGAUAAUUGUCAAUUUAUCUUAUUUUUAUUUGUGUUUAAGUGGAAGAAUUUUAUUGCCAUGAAAUAUUAUAUGUCCAAAUUGAAUAAAAAAAGCAGGAUUUCUAAUA